AAAUCCCCGGCCGAUCAUCCUAAUGUAGGUUUUCCUGAUUCUCCUAAAUCUCUUGUGGCAAAAGCCGGGAUGGUUCCAUUGAAAGGGCACCGUCUAUUUUCUUCCACAUCCUUCCCUAAUCUGAGCUCAUGCCCCGGAUAUAAUGACAAAGUUCUCGAAGGGACGUUAAACAGUAACCUUCCUUUCUUCAAAUGGAAAGUAAUUCUUCGGUAUCUGAAAUCUGCAAUCUACAUUCAUGUUUAACAGAGUAAUUCAGCUCCUAGCGCAAAACCAGUAUUAAAAUUUCUACGCGUCAGUAUACUUUUUACGCUCAAGUAAAUUUCAUGGUUACUAUCAUUUCGUUCAAUUUUACACUAGAACAUAGCAAUGAUUAGAUUACGAGAUAUCACGUUUCAUGAAUCGUGUUUAAACUUAACUACCCCGUUCUAUUCGUAACUUCGGCAGUCAUACAAAUUUUGAUGCUGAAUAUCGGUUCGUUUUAACCGUACGUUUUAGUUCUUUGAUGAAAGUACGCUGCCAAUAACGCUGGACCACCGACCUCGGUUACCCCCAAUGAAAAUGGCUGAUGUGCGUAGCGGAUAUGUUAAGUUAUUAAUAUCGGAUUUAAAGUUUUAUUGAUUUUUUUUGUGCGUGUAUUGUUCUUGCUAUAGUUGAAUAAGUUCCGAAUGAAUGGCGAAAGACGGAUUACAUGAAACGAUGGGGUUGCUGAACCCCCUCGUAAUUUUUCCGCUGUGGUGUAAUUAUAUUGUCAAUAAGCUAUGUGGUUUAGUACUCACUCCCCUGUGAGACAAUGUAUCACAAGCUUUACGGCGUGUAGAUGACGUUUUUGUGUCUGUGAUUCCGUCUCAUUUAAGACUAGCAUAAUUUGGACGAACUUUUAAUAUGUCGUACAGUGUGUGAUUCAGGUUAUGGCAAGGAAGUGUUUGAUGUGAGGAAACUUUGCCGUUUUUAUGCCUGUUGUUUGUCACAUACAAGGCAGCAGUGAUGCCUGGGCAAGACACAAAUCCAGCUGAUCACAGUUCAGAUAUGAAUGUAGAAUUGGACAACAGUUGGGAGAAUGGCAGACCAUCCAGUUCACCAUCUACAGUUAACAGGGAAAGUGAUGCUCGUCAAGAAACAUCACCAUCAAACACAACAAAUGAUAAUUCCUUCCAGCUGUGUCAAACUAUACAACUGGAGGACAGUGUGGACUGGAGCCAUAGAUUGCCCUCAACUUCAGCAUCACCACUUACAUGGCAAAGCCAUACUCAUGAUGAACCAGGUACAUCGGCUUCAGCAAGUAACAGCACUUUUCGGAACUACAUUUAUGGAGGCUCUUCUGACAGUGGAAGUGAAAGUGAUGAUACUAAAGCAAACUGCCCCAUCUGCUUUGUUUCCCUACUAAAUCGAGAAGUAGCCACACCGGAUUCAUGUCAGCACUACUUCUGCUGCCCAUGCCUUAAACAGUGGUCAAAGACUGUAACAACUUGUCCAGUUGAUCGACGCAAAUUUAAGUUAAUUCUUGUCAGGAAUAAUAUAGGAGGACAGGUUAUUCGUGUAGAUCCAGUGGAUCCAGUUUCUGUACAGUCAUUUAGUGACAAUGAUGAUGAUCCCACAUUUUGUCAGGUGUGCCACCAAAGAGACAGAGAGGACAGAAUGUUACUUUGUGAUUAUUGUGAUAGUGGGUUUCAUCUGGAGUGCCUUAACCCACCCCUGGAGGCAGUUCCUGAUGGCGAUUGGUUCUGUUCUAGAUGCCAAUUGCUGGUUGAAGAAAUUGUAAGCGUAUCUUCUGAUGAUGAAUUAGAGCUUGAAGUUGUUACUAGAAGUGGAAGAAGAGUUAGAAGGCCUUCAGUUUCAUCAAAUUCUGACAGUGCCAGGACACAGCAGAAAACACCUGCUAAAAAUGGACCAGCUGAACAAACAAGUACUGCGAGAAAGAAAGUGACGAGACGGGCACCCUCACCACGUGGAGAGCGGUCAUUUUUUCGUACACAACGGCGGCGGCGGCGACAGCGGCAGAGACAGCGGAAUACUUCCGAAAGCUCUGCACAGAGUGUGGAGGAUAGUGAAGAAGAUGAUGAUUCGACUGUAAGAAAAUCUGGACGAUCGCGUUUAGCAGAAAAUCUGGGACUGGUUCCAUGCCGUCGAUCACAGAGUUCUAGUACUGUACAUGCCCCAGCACCAGCUUCCAGUCUCAAUCGGCAACGGGUAUCAGCUGGUAUUCCUACGUUGAACCUGUUUGGAAAUGAUAGUCUCGACUACUUUUCUGAUGGGUCAGACGGUGAAAAUGGAAAUGAAGGUGGUGGCACUAGAAUGUUGUGCCACCGAUCUAGGUCGUCACCAACAACAGCAAGACGUUUGGCUGCAAGAAAACUGUCUCAAAGCUUGAUGAGCAGCACACCAAGGCCUCGUGUUAAUUUGAAUCCUCGGCCAAGCACCUCACGUGACACUACUUCAAGUAGCCGCCACAAUCUCCUGGACUCCAUAAUGGAAAGCCAAGGCCUAUGGCAUUCAAGGAAUACAACCAUGUCUCUUAGGAGAGAUGGUACAAUUACUAUUAAAAAGGCAUCCAAAGUGGAGAGGCCAAGUAAGGCAAUGUCUGGUAGUGACGAUGGACAGAGCAUUUCUAGGUUUACAGAAUCCUCAGAUGGAUAUCGGAAAAGGAUACAACAUGAUAGUAAUCCACAAGAAUUGCCCUCCCAUAUUUUCAAUCAAAGGGAUGCAAUUAGUGUUGUCCCUGUUGCAGAUAGUGGUCCUAACAUUUCUACCAACCAUGCUGGUAGUAGUGGAUCUUCGAACAAUGUGGGUCAACACACAUGUGUAAAUCGCAGAUUUCCAUGGGAGUCCCAUACAAGUAACCGAGUAAAUGUUACAGACAACCAGACAAGAGUUUCUCAAGUUCCACUCUAUCCUGGUAACUCCAGCAACUCAAGAUCUCCUGGAUCAUCUGGAUCAUAUCAUCAUAAUAAGGACAGUCAGUAUGAAAGGACAUCAACUUCAUCAUACCAGUAUAGUGGACAUAUGUACUCAGGUACCCAUCUUUCUGGAUUUGAUAGUGAUAGAGGUCAUUUAGGAUAUACAGGCUACUUGGGUCCAGAGAACAGUUCUACCACAUCAGAUUUACCAAAUCCUGGUAGGUUCAAUUUAUUACCACAAUUUCCAGUAAGGCGAACACAUCCUCAUCCUUCCACAUCCCUCAGUGCUAGCAGCACCGAUGAAAGGCAACUCGAAGAGAGUGACUUUCUUGAUGACCAAGAUAUCUCAAGUGGAAAGUCAUCAAAUGAGAGAGACACUAAGAAAAAUACUUACCGGAAGGUUACAGAAGACGACGACUUAGAUAUUUAUAGUGACAUCGAAGUAUCCAGUGCUGGUGGACAAAAUUGUGCUUCUGAGCAUGAAGAUAAUGAACGUAAUUUUGAUGUUCUUCCUCCACCCCCAGAACCUUCAGCUUUACUUAUAGGGCUUGGUGAACAAGAUUCUAGUGAUAGUGAAACAAAUGAUUCUUUAGUAAUAGAUAUUCGUCCCAAUCCAGAUGACCAUACACAUAAGGACAAUGUUACCAAAUCACCAGAUGAGUCCGAAAAGUAUGAUCCAGCUGUUCCAUGUGAUGAUAGUGAUGAUGAUGAUGAUGAGCCACUUGUAUCUCAGAAUCUGCAUAAAGAAGAUAUUCCUCUCCCACCAUGCCCUCCUUCAUCAGAGAAGGUAGAUAUGAGUACUUCAAAUGCAAGUUACUUGCAGUCACCAACCUAUGGUGAGCUGAGCAAACAGUGUUCUGUUCAUGUUACUGAAGCUGUAACAGAAGCAAUGAAGGAGGUGAUCAACAGUACUCUUCAGAGCUCUUCAGCAUCCAUUAACAAGGCUCUGGUAUCUGGUGAUGAAGACGACGAUGAGGGAGAAUGUCCCAAUUUCUCUAUCUACUCAGCUGACAGUAUGGACAUAGCCCGGAAAGCAACUGAAAUACCAGAAGAGAAUACAGGUGAUUUAGAUAAGAGUGAUCCUGUCACUGUCAUGACAGAUGAAGACAAAGCAGAGGUUGAAAAGUGUGAGGCAAAAUCUGAUAUUCUGGAGAUGCCGAUUGAAUCGAGUAGUGACCAUAACAACCAAGAGAGCAGAGAUAAUGAUGAACAGAUGGAAGAGUCAGGAUCAAUUUCAGAAGUGCAACAUGAACCACUAGAAAAUAAUGAUGAUAUGAUUGAACAUUUGUCAAAAACUCUUCAGUGCAGCAGCCGCAGCAGCAGUAGUUGUAGCAGUAGCAGCAGUAGCUGUUGUAGCAGCAGUAGUAGCAGCAGUGGUAGUAGUUCCAGCAGUAGUACUGAUGGUAGUUCUAUUAGCCAAAACACUAGUUGUGAAGAACCAAGCAAAGUUGUCACAUCCGAAGAGAAAGACACUACUGCUAUAGCUGUUGAACAAAUAGCUGACCAAAUGAGUAAUCUCAGUGCCGUUCAUCCUGUUACGUCAAGUGCCUCUGAAAACCAUGAAAAAAGUGCAAUCAGAGAUGAGAAUGAUCCAAAAAACCAUGAAGAUGUGAAACUAGACGUGUCCGGAGAGACAGAAAAUCCAGUGGAAGGAGCUGCUUCUGCAGUAUCUGCAGUGUCACCAAAUAAUGCAACGGGAUCACAAAAUAAGACUGCAUUGUCAUUAAGUAACACAGCGUCAUCACUGAAUAGUAGUCUCCCUGCUGCAACUCCAGUUGGACUGGAGGGUCUGGACACUGAAACAAUAUCAGAAACUGAAGAAGCAAUAAAUUUUGAUGAUGAUAUGAGUCAUGAUGAAACUAGUUUUUUGAGUGAAGAAGAUGGUGAAAUUUCCCCUCAAAAGAAAAGAAAGAAAGCUACUGAUGAAGUGAAAGAUAGCAGCAAAGCUGACAACGAUGUGUCUGCUGAUAAACCACAGCUUGAAAAAGACCUGUCUCCUGCUGAAACAGUGGACUAUGAAGAGGGUGAAAUAGUAGAUGAGCGUCCAAGGCUGACUGAUGUCACUCAGAAAGAUAAAAUUUUAGACAAAGAUAAAAGACUUGAAAGUAAUGAAAUAAGAUCCGCAGAUGAAGCAGAAAUGAGUGAGUCUUCUGUACACGCAGGAAUUGAAGAAGAGAAGAAGAAAAAGAAAAAGAAAUCUACGGACAGAGACAGGGACAGGGCAGAUUUGAGUGUAAAUGAUGAUGAUGAAACAGUAAAGGGGAAAGGCAGUACAUUAGAUGACUCUAUAUCAUGGAAGAAACCAUCUAAAGGAACUAAGGAAAGAAACUAUAGAGAUAGCAAGAGUCUCAAACCAACAGAGAAAGGUAAGGAUGGAAGCAGAAAGGAAAAUGAAGAUAAAGAAUUACCUAAAAAAGAGAAGAAAAAGAAGGAGAAAAGAAAAGACAUGGAAAGAUAUGAUGUCAGAAAAAUAGUGAGUGAUAAAAAGAGAAAGCGGAAAGAUGAAUUUGGCCGUGAUCUCUCACGGGAUCGUUCGUAUAGUAGGUCACGGUCACGUUCCAAGUCACGUGGUAAGUCUCGUGACAGAUCAGUAUCUUUGUCAAGAUCAAAGACUAAUCGCGCGAAAGGCCGCUCGUCACCGAGGAGGUCAAGACACCGAUCCCGCAGUCGUUCUCGUAGCAGGUCAUAUAGAUCGAGAAGUAGAUCAAAAAAUAAAUCUAUAUCGAAAUUAAAAGAUAGGAAUCGAAAGAGCCGUUCAAAAGAAAGACAGAGAAAGGCGAGUCGAGAUCGCUCCAGGAGCAGAAACAGAAGAAGUCGAUCAAGAUCAGGCAGCAGGCUUAGAAAUAGAUCAAGAAGCAGAUCCAUCCACAAGUCAAGGGAAGGUAAAGACAGAUCUAGAGCAGCUACCAGACAAAAAAGACCUCCAAAGAAUCGUCGAUCGUGGUCACGCACAUGGACAUCAUCGUGGUCUCGAUCAAGAUCACGAUCUGUUUCCUGCUCAUCUUAUUCCCGAUCUCCUUCGCCAUCAGCAAGACGGUACAAUCGAUCUUACUCAAGGUCUUUCUCGAGAUCCUGGUCUAGAGAACGACACGAAAGAGUUCCGUUGCUUGAAAAAAAGACCAACCCUGUUGCAAAGCCACCAAAAAAACUCACUGUUAUAGUAAACAAUAGCAAGGAGGAUAGUGAUAGGCAACGAAAGAAAGAUAAAAAGAAGAAGGACUCGAGAAAAUCCAAAGACCAGUCUGGAGCAGAGAAGCGCAAGAAGCGGAAAGAGAGAUCUCCAUUGCCAUCCAAAGAAGUUUUCACUUCUGGUGACAAUAUUCUAGUUAGCGUGAAUUUCAACAAAUCAAAUAAAGGACCCGGUGCAAAAGAUGCCGCUGUCGCUGCAGCUGCAGCUGUUACAUCAGCGUCUAUAUGUGCCUUGCCUAAAGAUUCAUCUAAGCGAAAACAAAGAGAAGAUACAUUUGAUGUAGGUAGGGAAACAACUAAAAAAUCCAGGAAAGAUAAAAGUGGGAAAGAAAAGACAUCCAAAGCCUUAAAUAAUGCAGCAAAUACUGAUAAAACUCUGAACAGAAGGUCCAAAAAGGGAGCAAAGGGGGACAAGAGAUUGGCUGCAUUACUUAGGCAAAAACCAGUUGCAAUAAUUGAUUUAGAUCAAUCACCAUUUCGUGAACAAACCCCUUCACCCAGAGACCUCAUAGUUCUGAGUGACAGUGAUGAAGCACAACGAGAUAAAGAAACUGAAAUGGAAGAUGGAAUGAUGACCAGGAUGAUGCACCAGGAAAUACUCAGUCCACAAAACUCUCUUAAAAUGUCUGCAACAGCACGAACUCCUGAAUCUCAGUCACCAGUUAUGAGUUCUGUUGGUAAUUACCUGAAUACUAGUACAGGUCCUAAGACACCGCCUGAACCACAAAUAAAGUUUUCAAUAGCUGCAAAACCUCAACUGCGCUCAAUUAGUAAUCCGUUAAGAGAAGAGGAUGAUGAUUUAAUGGCUGAGGACACUGUACUGGAUGAAUCCGAUAGACAGAUGGAUGAGGAUCUUGAGAGGGACAUAAUGCAUAAAGGUCCCAAUACACCACCUGAACCACGAGGACCAACAACUCCAUGUUCUCCACCUAUUUCACCUGAUGCUUAUGAUCCAUUUGAUCCCACAAAAUCAGGUACACCGUCACCUGUAAGAGAAGAAGCACAUAUUGAUGAGCUCCAAAGUCCAAGUGGUACACCAUGUGAAGAAGUGAUGCAGCAUUCUGUAGGUGUGACUGAUUCCCCUAUUCAAAGUGACCCAGACGAUACAGCAAAGAAAACUUUAGAAAUGUCAUCAGAGAUUCCACUAAUACAGUCUUCUGACAAUUUACGGGAUGAUGUGACUCUUUCUCCAGAUAGAACAAAAUCUCUAACCAUGAUUGAAACUAUGUUAGGGAGCUCACCAUCAAAUAUUGAUGAGUCUGUUGUUGGAGCAUCACAGCAUCAGUUGCAAGUGGAAGUUUCUCCUUCAGAGCCAGGCGAAAAGUCAAGUACCUUGUCUGUUACAAUGAUAGUGCCUAUGAACUCUGACAUUACACCAUUAUCACCAGAAAUAAAAAUUAUUCCAAUGACAGCUCAGCAACAGAAGCUUCUCAAACAGAAUAUAGUGCAGCAGCCUGUCACAUCUACACCUACACAUUGUAGCACACCAAGUAAUUAUUCAAACCUACCCAGUAGUAUUGCCAGUACUCCAAUUUCACCUUUAACAAGUACACCUGUGAGCCGAUCAAAUGUCUUUAGCACUCCAAUUACCAUUACAGUUCCUCAGCUAUCAUCUCAUCACCUUCCACACCACCUCCCAAGCUCUCCUGUUGUGUCUCAGCAGAGAACAGUAGGUAUCAAAACUGUUCCAGAGAAAGUGACAGCUAUUUCGUAUGUGAAAAGUGUGCCACAAAGACCAACAGGACAACAGAAUGGUGAUCAGAAGGAACAGAUACAAGAUACAUCUACAGAAGUUGUCGAUAUGGACCUUGAUUCACCAUAUUCACCAGGGUCCAGUGAGGGCGAUGACUUGUUUGAACCGCCGUCAGAGACUGUAAAACCAACUGCAGCAUAUCCACCCAUGAGUACAAGAGCCUCCCAGACACCACAGAAGAAUUUAAGGCAAAGCUUACCAGCUACAGGGAAUACUCCAAAUAAACCACCAGACAAGUUUGAUGCCCUAUUUGGCAUGUCGCCAGCUCGUAACAAAGGUUCUACAAAAAUGGGGAAAAUUAAGACUCACCAUGGAAAAACUGGAAAAAUGAAGGGGAAGUUAGGAAAAGGUUCAAAAAAAGAGAUACAGAUCAAAAUGGAUGAAGACCAGCUGCAGAUUUUAGAUGACCUCCCAAGCUCUGCUGUAGAACUUCAAGUAAAAGACAAAUUCCUGAAGAAAUUGAACCGCCAGGAACGAGUAGUUGAAGAAGUCAAAUUGUCUCUGAAACCAUAUUAUACCAGUAAAAAAAUCAACAAGGAAGAAUAUAAAGAAAUAUUACGGCGAUCAGUGCCAAAGAUAUGUCAUAACAGAUCUGGGGAAAUAAAUCCAAAGAAAAUAAGUGCACUUGUGGAUGCAUAUGUUACAAAGUACAGAUACCUGAAGAAGAAGCAGCAACUUGGUUCCCAGAGAAAACAGUCAAAACCCCCUCGUUUCGACAUAGACAGUUCACACACAAGCGGACAUUAAACUAUCUAUUCUCACAGGUAAAACGAUAAUUCAGAUGUGCAAUUGUGACAUGAAGUGCCAUUUUAAAUUAGACAACGAAAUGUCUCAUUUUCCACAAAACUGCAACAUAUAUGAAGUUUUACAGUGUUGCCUUAACAGAUGUAUACUGAAUUGAGUUUAAAGUGUUUAGUAUUACCAUGUAGAAAGCUUUUCCUGCUUGAGAAUUUGAAGUGUAAUAGUUGUUUGAAUAAACACAUUGUGAUGGUA